AUGGCAUCGCCAGCGUCGCAUAUCUCCGUAGGAGCACUCAGCGGCAUAUUCGAUGAUACAAAGCCUCAGUUCCGGGAACCCAUAGUUCAAUGCGUUCAAGUCAAGCCACUACCGCCCCAAGCAAACAAUCAUCAGGAACGCUUCCGUGUUGUGUUUAGCGAUAUCUCUAAUUAUGUCCAGACAAUGCUUGCAAUCCAGGCAAACCAUUUUGUGACGGAGGGCUCGCUUCGCAAAGGAUGCUUCGUGAGGCUGAAAUCCUUCCAGGCUAACUCUGUAAAGGGCAAAAAAAUCCUCAUAAUACUCGACCUGGAGGUUCUGAGUGAUCUAGGAGAGGCGGAAAAGAUCGGCGAACCUAAACCACUGGAAAACAAACUUGAGGAAGACGAGAAGCCGCAGCCCACGACAAUAUCUAGUAACGGCUUUUAUGGAGCUAAGGCUCAGAAUGCAGCACAACGUGUCAACCCUCAACCCCAGACAGUGCGGCCUAUGCAGGGUUCUGCAUCGGCUACGAUCUAUCCCAUCGAAGCGCUCUCCCCCUAUGCCCAUAAGUGGACAAUCAAAGCCCGCUGUACGAGCAAGUCUGCCAUUAAAACCUGGCAUGGAAGGAGCGGCGAUGGCACGCUGUUCAGUGUCAACCUACUUGACGACAGUGGUGAGAUACGCGCUACCGCAUUCAACGACCAAUGCAAUGCUCUCUAUGACCUUUUUCAGGAGGGCGGCGUUUACUACAUUUCCAGCCCGUGCCGUGUUGCAAUCGCUAAGAAGCAGUUUACGAAUCUUAACAAUGACUACGAACUUACAUUUGAAAGAGAUACCAUUGUUGAGAAGGCAGAGGACCAGAACGACGUUCCCCAAGUACGUUUCAACUUUACUACGAUUGGGGAUUUGCAAUCUGUCGAAAAAGACACCACAAUCGAUGUUAUAGGAGUAUUAAAGGAAGUCGGGGAAACCACCCAGAUUCGGUCAAAGUCAACACAAAAGCCUUACGACAAGCGUGACCUUACUCUAGUGGACAACACGGGCUAUUCUGUUCGCUUGACUAUUUGGGGGAAUACAGCGAUGAGCUUUGGCACCCCGCCAGAGUCGGUUGUUGCCUUCAAAGGGGUGAAAGUAUCCGACUUUGGCGGCAGAAGUUUGAGUUUACUCAGCUCAGGCUCGGUGACAGUCGACCCUGAUAUCGAAGAAGCUCAUAGACUCAAGGGCUGGUAUGACGCGCAAGGUAGGUCUGAGACGUUUGCAACCUAUGACCGCAUGUCUGCUGCAACAAUGUCCACUACGAGGCCCGACCAGUUCAAGACAGUUGCCCAAGUUCAGGAAGAGUUGUUGGGAAUGUCGGAGGAACCAGCCUACUUUUCACUCAGAGCUACCGUCACCUAUUUCAAGCGCGAUACCAUGUGCUAUCCUGCUUGUUUAUCCGAAGGUUGCAAUAAGAAGGUUACCGAACUUGACCCCGGCCAAUGGCGCUGCGAACGUUGCGAUAAGACUCAUCCACGCCCAGAAUAUCGGUACAUAAUGUCCAUCAGUGUCAGCGACCAUACCGGCCAGCUUUGGCUCAGCUGUUUUGAUGAUGUCGGCAAAAUGAUGAUGGGGAUAACCGCGGAUCAGUUGAUGGAAAUGCAGCAGAAUGAUACCAAGACAAUUGAUGAGAUUUUCCAGAAUGCUAACUGCCGCACCUGGACAUUCAAGUGCCGAGCGAAGACGGAUCACUACGGGGACCAACAACGUAUUCGCUACCAAGUUUCAUAUGCAAACCCGGUCAAUUACUCAGAGGAGGCGUCUCGUCUUGCAAGUUUGAUAGAUAGCUACCAUAUCUAG